AUGGAUACUUUCAUGUAUCGCUGCUUGAAAAUACAUCUUUCCAGACUUGAAAUAUGGGCUGCCAGAGGCACGAGGACAGUUGUCAUCGCUGGUGUCCCAGCCGGCCUCCUGGAGGAUGAGCUCCUGGCUGACAUCCUCACCAUCCACUUCCAGAGGUCCCGGAACAACGGCGGGGACGUGGAGCAGGUCACGUAUCCCACACGGAAAGCUGGAGUUGCCUACGUGACCUUCGAGGAUGCAGGAGUUGUGGAGCGUGUUCUGAAGAAGGAUCAGCAUCUCCUGCAGGACAAGAGGCUGCCCGGGCCCUUCCCCCUGACAGUGACCCGCUACUGCCACCAGGCCUUCCUCCGGGUCACCUCCACCCUCAGCAUGGUUGUUUUCAGAGAUCACUUGGUGUUAGAAGAUUUGGUGGAAGAGAUGAAGCAGCAGAGCCCAGCUUUGAGUUUUGGGCCUUUGCAGCGUGACGGGCACAUUGCAGUGCAGGGGCCCUUCCCAGCACUCCGGGUGCUGAGGGAUUUCCUCCUGCUGAAGGCAAAAUCCCUCCCAGAGGAGGACAGAAGAGAGAGAAAACCCCACCAGAGGCCGAGGAGGAAGCUGCAGGAGCACAGAGGUGCUGCAGAGAUGAGGAAUUCCACCCGGAACGCGCAGAGGGAAAAACAAGUGCUGGUUCUGGACACGGAUAUCUAUCACUACAUGAAGCACUUCCAUGCCAAGGCUCUGCAGAGAAAUGAUGCUGUCAUUUCUGGUGUCACUGAUGGUGACAUCACCACGGUGACCAUUGAGAGUGCUGCUGAUGCACAGGGAUUAAAAGCCAAGAAAAUGAUAGAAAAUUACUCGGUGGAGCUGCAGAAGAUUUUACGGAAGGAGAGGAUCUGCUUCAAGGAGCCCACCAGGGCUGGGAGGCAGAGACUCAGACAGCUCUGUGAGAGGCUGAAACCACACUACCCCAGAGUGCUGAUCAUCCCUUAUGACACCCACCUGGAUGUUGUGGGCACCUCUGCAGACGUUCUUGGGUUCACAGAGGAGGUGAAGAGGCUCUCCAGGUAGGGGUCAGGGCUCCUGGGGUUUGGGUUCCUCACCCAGACUCUGCCCGUGGCCCUGUGGCACUGGGGUGUCACUCUGUCCCACUCACAGGCUGGAGAGUGACCAAGCCUGGCCCCUGCCAAACACCAAAUUAAGGUCAGAACAAUAAAUCAGUGAUUUUUGCAUCUUUCAUCAACUUGGGGACCACAUUUCCU